CUUUUGCUGACAGUGACAGUACUCAGCAGCAGCUGAGCGGUCCGGUAGAGCUGUCAGUUUCGGUUCGUCGUCGGACUCGUUGUGUAGUGAGAAUGAAAACAAUUAAAUUGAAAUAAAUUUAGGCCACUUAUAAACAUCAAUUAAAGUCUAUGCUUUAUUGUUAAAUAUUAUAAUUUUGAUUUCUUAGAUUCCUGGAAUACUGAUUAAAAGGGCACAUGAUGGCAGGAGAGGAACCAGUACAAAAAAAAGAAAAGGAAUCAAAUAAUCCUUGGAUAACGGGGGGUCCGAUGGGUAGUCGAUCAUGUGUUCUGCAGUUCCGGUGUAGUGCACUAAGCAAACCUCCCAUCACCCCUCCAGGGGAUGUGCUUCACAUGACGUACAAGACCUACCAAGCUGAGACCAAGUUGCUCGCUGCCGUCUUGAAUGCUCAUGGUCUACGUGAGGUUCCUCAAGACUUCACAGACUUCAAUCUGUUGUGGACGGGGGUUCAUCCGAAGCCUCAAGUCUUGAGAGCACUGAGCAGUCAUCAACGAGUCAACCACUUCCCAAGGUCGUACGAACUGACAAGAAAAGACAGAUUAUAUAAAAAUAUAGAAAAAAUGCAACACGCCAAAGGAGCAAAACAUUUUGAUUUCAUUCCACAAACUUUUGUGAUGCCUGGCGACUUCAGGGAACUUACAACUUGUCAUUAUCGAACAAGAGGUCCGUGGAUUGUGAAACCUGUGGCUUCUUCCAGGGGGAGAGGGAUCUACAUUGUCAACUCGCCAGAUGAAGUACCCUUGGAAGAGUCGGUGGUGGUGGCCAAGUACAUAGAGAACCCUCUUCUUGUCUCAGGACAUAAGUGUGACCUACGGCUCUACGUUGCCGUCACGUCGUAUGACCCACUGAUAGUAUAUUUGUAUGAGGAGGGUCUUGUGCGGUUGGCCACCGUCAAGUACGAUCCUAAUCGCAAACACCUCUGGAAUCCCUGCAUGCACCUCUGUAAUUACAGCAUCAACAAGCAUCACUCUGAUUAUAUCAAGUCGGAGGACCCAGAGGCGGAGGAUGUCGGCCACAAGUGGACUCUGAGUGCACUGUUGAGACACCUCAAGUCUCUGAACCUUGACACUGCGCUGCUGAUGCAGCGGAUAGAGGAGGUGGUCAUCAAGUCCCUGCUGGCCACAGCUCCCUCCAUCAUCGCCGCUUGUAAGCUCUUUGUUCCCUCCAUCGUUAACUGCUUUGAACUGUACGGGUUCGACAUCUUAAUUGACUCUGAGCUGAAGCCGUGGCUGCUUGAAGUGAACCUGUCACCGUCUCUAGGUUGUGACUCUCCACUGGACACUCGGCUCAAGUCUGCCUUGCUGGUGGACCUUCUGACCUUGGUGGGUCUGCCUGCUGUCGAUCCUGUAGUGAGGCCUCAGACCAGACCCCACCGCCCCGCCACUGCCGACCGCCGUGAUCUUACCACUUCACGGAGAGUUCAGUCAGCUGAUUCACUGCCCAAUGUGAAACACCACUCCCGGCCGAUACACAGUGCACCAGUGCACUCUUUGUCCUCUGAGGAGGUGAGGAUGGUGCGCUACGCCAAGGCGCAGUUCGAACGCAGAGGUGGCUUCAUCAGGAUCUUCCCGGCGGCAGAGAGCUGGAAAAGAUACUCUCCCUACUUAGAUCCUGUGACCGGUAUACCGUCAGUGCCUCCUGGCAACUCCUGGUCAGUGCCGCCCAGUCACAAUAACAACCUGCAGCUUCACCAGCAGCUGUUCCCUGAAUGUGUCAAGUACCUGCCAGCAGUGAUCAGCUCGGAGCGACUGUGCCGCUACGAGCGUGCGCUCAGCAAGGGUCACCGGACUAGCCUGGAUGACAAUCGACUGAGCACAGAUAGUGAUCUUCCCACGCAGCUGGAUGCCAAGGUGCUCAAGCAGGAGGUUGGCAAGUGUCUGCAGGACGGCUUCAAACUCAGUAAGAUCCAGACGAGGCAGGCAUUCGGCCAGUACCUGCAGUGCGUACUGGGCCGGAUGUCUGGACAUAGAGGGAAGUCCAAGAUGAGGAUUGAUGAUGGAGACAGUGAGCUAAUCCUAAGGUUUCUACAACGUGCCUGCCAUAACCUCCGCACUGCCUAUCAUGUAAAGGCCCCGAAUCGUAGCCUUAUAGGAAAGGACAGAGUUGCAAUCGUAGCCAAAAACCUGAGUGACUUUCUCUACCUGUACAACAGAGAGACGGAGUCUCUUCCAACACCGGCAGAUACCAGCAACUUUGUCCCCAAUCGCCUGUUCAUGCUCUUCCUGCAAGUUGCCAAAGAAAGUGAUCUGGAGCAGAUUCUGGUAAUGAAUACACAACUACACAAGUGUGCCCAGGUGUUGCUUGGCCAUUGUGGCAGUCCUUCAGCCCUUAAACUGCACUCCCAAGGUCUUCUCCAGAGCAUCAGCAGGCCCUGCGGCCCUUACGACAAGGCAAGUUUCGCAGAGUGUGACUGCAAUAAGAAGAGUUUACCGCAGAUGAUAGGUGGCACCAAAGACACUUCAAGGUCAAACCUGAAGGUUUCUCGGGCGCUAUAGUAUAACUGUUCCACCCAUGCUUAUCAACUGUUCCGUCUAAUAUUCUCCAUCUCUUGACAAAGUCGACUUUGUUAAUGUUUUCAACUUAUGCAAUAACUUAGCAUAGUAGUUCCUGUGGCGAGCCAAAGAUAUUGAGAUUAUUGCAUUGAUACCUUUUGACAAUCUUGAUAAGAUUAGAGUAGAAUUUUUAAUUUAACUUAAUACAAUAUUUAGCUUUUAAUAUAAAGUA